AUGUCACAAGCAGACUUGCGGGCUCUGAAAGAGGUCAUAGAAGAAAUCGAUGCGCAGUAUAUCAAUCAUGAUAUGUAUGAGAGUGAUCUGAUACCAGUCGAGUGGAAAGUCAAGGAAGCAGAAAAGAAUUUGUACGAGGACUUGACUGGGGAAGCUUUCCUGGAUCCCGCAUGGUCUGAAGGCGAUGGCCGGUCAUCCCCCAAGGUCGUGCCCCAGUUGCCCUCAAUUGGAACUAAAAUGAGAACGACGGAGAGUCCACAUCAACCUAACCUUCCCUUGGAUGGUGCAAUUGUAGAGGAUGCCAACAUGUACUCUGCAGGUGGUAUUGACAGUAGAUCUAUGUCGAGAUACACUUUAUGA